AUGUAAUAACUGUUUGUGACACCUGGAAAACGCAGCAUACUGGCUAUUGGGAAGAUAAUUUAAGAAAGAACAAGGAUUACAAAAGAGAAGUGACUGUAGCUGUAUAGAAGUCUGGCAUAUGAAGAUGGAGCUUGACAUUACCAAAGAUGAUUUGCCCUUAAUGGCAAAUACUAGCCACAUCCUGGUAAGGCAUUAUGUGUUGGAUCUGGAUGUGGACUUAGAAAGCCAUGUAAUUGGUGGCACUAUAGUUCUGUUCUUUGACACUGACAGCAGAUGCAGAAAAGGAGACAGUGAACAGCUGGAAGAAGCUUGUCAUUCUCAGUCAGAUGAAACCUGCUAUAUUCAGGCACCUGAAGCCUGCUACGUUCCUGUGCCAAAUGCAAGUGCUUGCUCAACUAAAAGUGGAUGUAAUGAUUUUGCUGUCUGUGGUAAAGGUGAAAAUGAUACUUCUGAUAAAAAUGGUAGUCAUGGCAACAAGGAACAGGCUUCUGGGAUUUCUAGUUCAAAGAACUGCUGUGACAUUGAGAUUCAUGGGAGUGAAGAUUUUUUGCUGGUCCUGGACUGCUGUGAUUUAUCUGUGUUAAAGGUCGAAGAGGUAGAUGUUGCUGUAGUUCCAGGCAUUGAGAAAUUUACCAGCUCUGCCAAGUUAAUGGAUGCUUCCAAGGAUCCAACGGAUCUUAGAAAUCAGAUUGUGCAUGAACUUGUGACAUUACCUGCAGAUCAUUGGAAGGAGCAGCUUCAGUGUUACAGAAUGUGUAGCCAGGCACCUGCUUGUGGAGAGCUUCUGUUUGUUACUGGCACUUGGAGCUUGGAGAUCAGGAAAGCAGGUGUCCAGCUGCCAAAAGACUUCCCUCAUGCCAUAAGGAUAUGUUACAAAACAAAGCCAGAAGGAAAAUCACUGAGCUGGACUACAGACCAAUGUGACAGGCCAUGUGUUUAUACAGCGGGGUCUCCAAUAAACAACAGGGCCCUUUUUCCAUGCCAAGAACCGCCUGUUGCCAUGUCAACAUGGCAAGCUACAGUCCGAGCAGAUGCAUGCUUUGUUGUUUUAAUGAGUGGUGAAAAUGUAGCGGAACCAACAGAAUCUGAAGAAGGUGUAUUAAAUUGGUUUUAUUAUGUGACCAUGCCAAUGCCAGCAUCUACAUUCACUAUUGCUGCAGGAUGCUGGGCAGAAGUUAAAAGAAAAACUUGCGCAACUGAUGUUCAGAGGAAUGAUGGGCUCUUUCCACUGUUGUCAAAGGCGGAUGUCAGGUUGUUAGAACAGACUUGUGGUCAUCUGCCAUAUCCUUGCCGCUUCCAGGAUCCUGCUGCUACUUCUCAGGUGGUCAUUCCUCAUCGUGUCUUUGCUCCUCAGUGCCUUAAGAAAUCCUGUGAAGAGGUCCUACUGCAACUAAUUCCUCAGUGUCUCUCAGCUGCUUAUGAUCUCCUGGGUACCCAUCCCUUUUCUAGGCUUGAUAUCUUGAUUGUUCCACCCAACUUUUCCAGUCUUGGAAUGGCCAGCCCACACAUCAUCUUCAUGUCACAGAGCACAUUAUCUGGAGGGAACCAUCUCUGUGGAACACGCCUGUGCCAUGAAAUUGCUCAUGCCUGGUUUGGCUUGGCUAUUGGUGCACGUGACUGGACUGAAGAGUGGCUAAGUGAAGGAUUUGCCACUCACCUAGAAGAUGCAUUUUGGUCAGCUGCACAACAGCUGUCAGCUGAUGAAGCAAAAGAGCAGCAAGAUCUGAAAGCUCUACUGCGCUGGCAACGCCUUAGAGAUGAGGUGCAGAACUCUGAAGGAGAUCUGCAAGUGUUAAGGCCCAAGAAAGAGAACACUGGCAAAGCAAGUGAAUCUGGAGCAUCUGUAAUCAAACAUGGCCUGAAUGCAGAAAAAGUGUUCAUGCAGGUUCAUUACCUGAAGGGUUAUUUCCUUCUGCGCUCUUUUGUAGGGAAGGCUGGAGAAGCUGCGUAUUUUGGCUUUUUAAAGAAGUUUGUCCGGGCUUUUCAUGGGCAGCUGAUACUCUCUCAGGAACAGCUCCAUAUGGAGCCCACUUUGCUUCAGCAGUUGAAUUCUAUGAAGGGGUAUGGCCUGUCAGUUGAAAACAUUUUCCAGAAGUGGCUUGACUGCACAGGAAUCCCAAAGCCUUUGCUGGAAGAGAGUCAGGCUUGGCAGGAUUGUCGGCUAGCCCAGCAAGUGAACGAAGAGGUUGUAAAAUGGAUUCAAGUAAAUCAGAGAGCCAGAAAAAGCAGCAAAAGGAAGAGAGGAUGCGAAGAAGUUGGUUUCCAAAAGCUUUCCCCAGACCAGCUGGUCUUACUUCUGGAGUGCCUCUUGGAAAAGAAGACAUUACGUUCAAAAACGCUGGAGUUCUUACAGAAAACUUACUACCUCCGUGAACAGGAUGCAGAGGUUCGACAUCGAUGGUGUGAGCUUAUUAUCAAACAUAAAUACACAGCAGGGUAUGUUGAUGUUGAGAAAUUCCUCAAGGAAGACCAGGCAAUGGGUGUCUACCUAUAUGGAGAGUUAAUGGUGAAUGAGGAUGCAAAACAGCAAGAAAUUGCACGUAAAAGUUUUGCCACAACCCGUGACCAAAUGGAUGUGUCCUCCGCUACAGUAGUGGCAGAGAUGUUGUUUUGAUGAGGUGGUUAUUCUUUCCCAGAUAGUUCAUUUCUCAGGGGAAGAAAAUAGUUUAUGAAUGAGAAAGAUCAGAGACUUUUAAUGUAUCUUCUAGCAAAGACUGGUGGUACUAAGAUUUCAUUGACCUUGAACAUCAAAGGAACAAUUUAUGUGACUGCUAAAACAAUCAGCUGACAAAUAUUUUACCCCAUACUUUUCUUUGCCAGAGGGUAAUGGCAAUGAAGCAGGAAAAAACUUGAAUAUCCCCUCACUUCUUUAAGUGUCUGUGGCGCCAACUUAUUAUCUGCUAGAAGACACUUUAUUGUAAUAUUUAUCAUGAGGUAUUAUGCAAACCAGGCCAGAAAAUCACCAGAAACAGAUUUAUUUAAAUAGGUAUUUUGUACUAAUUAAAAUGGUGCCUAAUUUUGCAUUUAGCAAACUGAUAAUUGAAAUCUGCUGCAAAAUUUAAAGUCGGUCUGGAGCAAAUAAUUACUAAACUAAAUUGUUAAUACUGAGAUUGUGGACAUUUUUAUCAUGUUUAGCACAGCUACAGGGAAAAAUAACUAGAUGCAAAAUGGAUCCUUGGGGGAUGUAAACAAUAUGAAGAAAACUGAUGUGAUAAAGAUGUCUAUCUUUCUCAAGGUCUUUUUAUGGGUAACUUAUUGCCACAAUAUUGUGAGCACACCAUUAAAACUCUUAUAUUUCAUGGUUAAUAGUGACAAGCUGGUCACAUCACUUUGCUAUGAAUGAAGCUAAUCGUGUUACUUAUUAAUCACAGUAGUUGUGGAAGUCCUGUCUUGUAAAAUAAUGGCAAUAAGCUUUAUAAAUAAACAAUUUUGUAAAUCA